GAGUAUCCAAAGAUUACUCAAGAGUCCAGUAUCAAAGUAGCUCUCAAGAAUUUGCCUUCAUAAUGCUUUAAGGGAAAGUGUGAGAUGGUGCCCGAGUAUAAAUUGUUGUUUUGCUAUCGCCCAACAAUCAGGUGAUAUCUUCUUGACUUCACUUCAUUCUUCACUCCGCUUACAGCCAACCGUAAUUGAAAUUCACUUACGCCAGGUUCGAUCUUUAUUUUGCUUAGCGCCGUUCAUGCCACGAGGCUGAAAGAAACAUGAAGUAAACUUCUCGUCAUGAACUGUUGAUUCCUCCACCGCAAACAACACAAACACAGCAACCACGACUGAAGUACAACAUCAGCAAGAUGUGUAUGUUCAGGAUCACGACUUAUGAUGAUUGUUGGGGUCAAUAUACUCACUUAUUAAUUUGCUCCAACGAAUCAUCCAAUAAAAGUGAACUUAAUUCUCCACAAGAUCGCGUUCUUUCGGCGCUGAAAUGUCCCAACUUAAAAUCCGAGCAUAUCAAUAUCGGAGGUUCGAGAUGUGAUUGCAAAAUCAAGCCGCGAGCCUUCAAAGCUGUUUGUAAGAGGAAAUGGGGAGGUGACUUUGUUGGAAGUGUUAACUGCAGUAUGAAUCCCGGAUCUGCAGUAAAAUUUCAAUUCCGCAGUCGGGAAUGGGAAAACUGCACGAACGUAGAAUCGUUACUUAGAGGUGGAAGUCGCAUUCUUCCAGCCGACUAUAAUCCCACUGCGCAAGCAUGGAAUGAUAGUGAGUGGGAUGGGGACAGCAAGCAGGUAGAUUGGAGAGACAAAGAUUGGGUCACGUUGGCAGAGAAGGGAAUGAGUACGUGGCAGAGACGCCAAAAAGGGAGGCAUAAUAAUGUUCAAGAUCCAAUGAUACCAGGAUUAACUCAAGUCUCUGAACAGAACCAAACUUACGAAGAAGUUCAACUGGAGAAGAGCGAAAUAUUUUCGACAGAGCACAAUUUGACGAGCCGAAAAGGUCAGAAGCUCCCUCCACAACAUGAUGCGACAAACCAACAUGUUGGCACUGUUAGUACUGCUGUAGUCGAUUGGAGUCAAUUGAAAGAACAACAUAAAACUACUGUAGGUGGCCAACAUUUGCCGCCUUCUCUGCCAAGUGUUGGCCGGUCACAAUACCAGAAAAAAGCUUCAAUUCCACAUAUCAACCAGGUUCAACAUGGAAGAAAGCUGACGAAGAAUACCGAUCAUCAGAACCAACAGAUUGUGCUUCCAUCAUUGACUGCCACUGCUCAAACUGCACCGAUUGUUCCAACCGGACCAAAUGCUAUGCCAAUUUGGGAGGCGGAGCGAUCGCGCGGAGAGAGAAAGAAUAGUCGUGGAGUUCAAUCUGGAGGACAACCGACUGCAGCUACAGAAAUGCGCUCAGUCACUCCACUUGGGCCGAAAGUAAUGCCUGUUUGGCAGUUGGCUCAAGUUCUAAAGGAGAGACAGGAACUGGAGAAGAAGAAUAUUGCAGCAGCGCUGGGAGAGUACCGAAAAAUGUCGAUGGAUCCGGCUGCUGCUGCUGCUGCGCGUGAAAAUAAUAUCAACGAUCAGUAUGCAAGUCAGUCGGGAACACAAACUUCUACUCCCUUGGAAAUUUCGUCACCUCCUGUUUCUGCAAGUGAGAACUCGCAAGACCAGGGCGAGAGGAAGAAAUAUCAGAAGGGAAACAACUUCUUACCCAAUACCGACAAACAGCGAGUUGUUCUCCAGGAGAAUAAAUCAAAGGAUCAAGUACGUGAAUCUGGUCCGUCUUUUCAGGGUAAUUUUCAACAUGUCAAUGCGCACAUUCCUCGUCGAGAGGAUAAUAAUCCGUCUACCAACGAGACUUUAGGUAAGCCAUGGAAUGGAGUACCAGAAUAUGUCGUUUCUCAAGAGUACAACGAUACUUUGCCGGAGUCUGAUGACAGGAACUUCAAUUUUACCAACUACUCCCCUUCUAAACAGACCUUAGAGAAGGUUCGAAUGGCAGAUAUCAAUGAAGCAUCGGAAUCUGCACCUGAAUCCCUCCGUAAGACUUUGCAAAAAGCUCCAAUCACAGUUUUAGAGAACCCGCAAGCAGCUCCAUAUAGUGCUUCGGAUUCUCCACACAGAGAAUACUUGGCACCUCUUGAGCCACUCCAAGUGGAAAGACCUCAAGCAAGAUAUUCAAGCCCUGAAUAUCAACCAUAUUUGAAUCUUAGUGGAAACGAACUAGAAGUCAAAAAAGGAGCGGUCAAGGAGCAUCAAGAGAUUGCAGAGCAAUCAGAGCCUCAAGAUAUUGAGCGGGAACAGAGAACUCAGCAUAAUAUACAGACUCGGAGACAAUCUGAUGCCUUGAUACAAGAGCCAAGCCACUCACAGGAGAACUUUCAACGAAAGGCAUUUAGAAAGCUCCGAGAAAUUGAAGAGCAGUCAAGAAUACCAGGCAACAAAAACAUGCGAGAUUUACUUCAUGAUUUUAGUCAGCUUGACGCUUACCUACAAGACUUCACACUUUCUCAGCAAGGUAUCGCCAGGGAGAUGUGGAUGGCGGAGAAAGCCAAGGUUGAUAAGAAGUUCAGUAAGUUUUAUGGAAGCAUUGCCACUCCUAACAAAGAGGUCACAGAUAGCCCACACGUGAACGACAAAGUAGUCAAGCAGCCACGUCAAAACAAAGUCGACGAGGAAAAUGAUGUUGAGGAGAAAUCUGUUGAAGACAGAUCUCUUCCUCGAAUCAACAAUUCACCUGCGAGUAUCCCGAUUGGUUCCGAAUUAUCUCGUCUGCUUAAGAAGAAGCGGAAGACCGAACUGGUGGCAAGCAUGUUACAUGAUCAAGACAGGAAGGAGAGAUUUGUGCGAGAUGUCCCCUUUCUGCAACAAAAUUUGGCCCGUGAUGGAUGGAUUAUUGAAGCAGAAUUGACGGAUUGCCGCUUACAAAAAAUCCUCGAUCAAAUCAGAACAUGCGUUGUCAGUGUAGGCGUAGAAAAUUGUGUUGAGGAUGUUGAAUAUACGAGAGAGGAGAUCCGGCAAGCCGAGGACAGAGUACUAAAACGUGUUAAUCAAAAAUUUGCUGAGCAGCUCAGGAAUAUUGAACAUUCAUCAAAAAUUCGAGAAGAGAAACAAAUUCGUGAGGCACAGAAGCAGAAAAAGAACAAUGAUCGCAAAUCAUUCAAAGAGCAAAACCCGGAUGGUAAUGGCGCUGAUCUUUCAAAUCACACUGGCGAUGCAGAAGGUACAAAUAACCAACAGGGACUCAUCAGCACUUCAAUUAAGAAUCAGGCAAUGGGAGAUAUCACGGAUGCUGAUGACGAAGCCAAUAUCGAAGUACAACAAAAGCGAAAGAGAGACAUCCAGUACUUUGGUUAUUCUCCACCCACAUCUGCCAAGAAGAGAAAGCCUGGCGAAGAUGGGGUAGUUAUUGAAAGCAAAGAGGCACACAACCAGAGAAUGAGGGACUUAUAUUAUGCUGGACUCAUUCCGAGUAUGGGAGAUGUCAUGAGUGUUGAGAAGGCUGACGCUGCCAAACUACAAGUCGAAAACAAACGAGACCAAGAUAAGCGAAAGGGUGAUUCUCAGUAUUCUAAUCCAACAAUCUUGAAAGAUGAUAAGUCUAGCAAUAAGAAGCCCCAGGCCAAAAACUCUGGACGCCAGAUAUGGAUCGACGUUGACUACGAAGCUCAAGAGAAAGUUACCAAGACCAGCGGACGAAAAGAUUUAAUAAUUCCCGAUUCCUUCCACCGCUCGUUUCCCAAACAAUUUCCUAAACUGCCAAAUGAAUCGAAAGCCGACUAUCGCCAAAGAAAGCUUGCUGCAUACAUCAUCAGCGAGGAACACAAAAAAGUUCAAUCAGCUGGCUCAGUCACUUGGAAUAGCACAGCGACUAAUGGUCAAAAACAAGUCAGCAGUGAUGGGGGUCUGUCAGAGUAUCUACCAUCCGGUGCGUAUUUUUAUCUGAUCCGACUGAUUAGGAAUCAUGCAGAGCUUACUAGAUACACGGUAGGUAUGAAUCAGUCGAACUUGAGUGGCGCAGUUGGAACCCAAGCCAAGAAGAAGAGGGUUAAAAAGCCGAAACUUUCGCGUCAAGCGAAGACUGACUCGGCUCGAGAAGAAUAUCUUCGAAAGCAAGACGCCAGAAAACUUGGGGAACAACGACAACAAGUCGGUAACAAAGGCAAUGCCAGAAAAGCGGGUGUUGUAGGCAAGCUUGUUGGAGGAAAGACUGAUCUUGAAGACCAGAUCCUGAGCGAUACGAGCGAUAAUAAAGGACUUGCAGAUUACGGAUCAGAGAAGAAUGAUUACAUGAAGACGGAAGGUAGCAGCCGAUCACAAAGCAGAGGGGCUUUCGGAAAUCAACAAUUUCAGUCGUCCAAUCCAAAUUUGUCAGCGGUAGUUCAGCACAAUGAUGCAGUCAUAGCAGGAAGCAAUAUCGAGACAGCCAUUGAUUUGACGUCUGAUUAAGAAAGGGGAUGAACAUGGGCUAGUGGUUUGGAAACAGAAAAUUGAUGAAAUACUUUCUUUGCGAGGAUGUCGCUUCUUAGAAAGUCAUUUGGUAGUUAGCAGGGUAAUAGGACAAACGUUUCUUGUCAUUCUGAAAUCAAGGCGCACAGCA